AUGAUUCCGUGUAAAACGCCUUUUGUCGACAUUUUGGGGAUUAGAAUAAAGCCAUGCGAAAUAGUGUUUCGUGAUAUUCAAGACGAUUCACAAUAUACAAGUUCACUGACAGUUCAAAACGUUUGUUCUUCAAAGAAGACUGUUCGCUUUUACCCACCAUCAACUGAAACAAUCGAAAUAACAGAUAGUCAAACGGAUAUAAUAUUAGCGCCUGGGAUUUGUCAUAACUGUACUGUAUUUUUAAAGGUCUCAGAAGCAAAGGAAUCCACUGAAUCCAUAGUUUUAACCAUCGAUGGCAAUCCGCAUAAAGUCCCUAUUCACAUAUUUACUCCCAUCCCUGUGUGGAAUAUCCCACGUUCUCUGAAUCUCGGAGUACUGGUUCAGGAAAACAGAGUGAUAACGAAAACACUUUUUAUUGAAAACAAGGGUUCCAAACAUGGGAAAUUUAGAAUACUUAGCAUAUCCAGUUCAUCUAUCGAUAUAGUACCCCGAUCUGGGAUGGUUGAACCAAAUUCUCAUGUUAAUCUAAAAGUAACAUUUAUCCCUAGGGAUACUCGUGACUUUGUUGAAGUUGUCAGGAUUCAAAUGGACGGAAGUGAGGUUUUAUCUAUCGAGGUCGUUGGUAAAGUGAUAAAACCGGAAUUUAAAGUGACAAAUUGUAAAACCACUGAAGGCGAUAAAAGUGGAGCUUCGAUAAACCACUGGAAUUACGGUUACCUUUAUUACAACAGCAAUGUUUAUUGCAGAUGGAAUCUGACAAACUAUUCGCCAAAAAACACAUCAUUUUUUGCUAGCUUUUGCAAUAAAAAUGAUUCUAAGUUGAAAAGCAGCGACAAUGUAUCAAAAAGUGCAAGAAGUGGCUCACCAGUCCGAAUAAGUGAAUAUUUUAGCAUAAAUCCUGAUCACGGAGAACUGAAACCAUUUGAAAAGCUACCAGUUUCUAUACGUCUUGCUCCCAGAUGGAAGAAAUCAAAACAAGGAUUUAUUAGCUUGAAUGAAUCCCCACCAAUUAAACCAUUUUCUGUAUAUCUACGUAUACGCAAAGUAGAUUUGGGGGCUGGAGAUUGCUCUAAUAAAGAGGAAUCUCAGAGCUCUGCACGAUCAUCAUUUACUCUGGAUGAAAAAAAUGAUAACUUAGAGAUCAUUCUAACGGGAUGCUUAAUACCAGUUCAGUUAUUAAUUUCACCAAAUAAUCAACCGCUUGAUGCAGAAAAUCAAGAGGAUACUAAACUGAAUGAGAAAGCCAAUAAUGAAGGGAUUAAAAUUAGACAAAUGUAUGAAAAUCAGUUAAGCAUACACUUUCCUGCUUGUUUAACUGGUCUUAAACGAUGUGCUUAUUUAAAGUUAUCAAACCAAAGUAAACAUCUACCAGUACAUUUUCAAAUACCUCGGAUUGCUCAUUUCACUGUGAAACCGGACAAAGGAGUAAUUUCUCCACUGAAUAGCUGCUCAAUUACUGUAUGCUUCAGUCCAAAACAAUUUGGCGAAUUUCAUACAGUUCAACAUAUUCUAAUUCUUAGCAAGUCAAAUGAUGAGAAUCCAACUGUUAUUUAUCAGAGCAAGUUAAUUUUUCAUGGAUAUUCACCAACUAUAACAAUACCACAAGAAGUAAAAUUCAAUCCAGGUAUCGUUCCUACAUGGGGUCAUGAAGUUGGCAGGAACACAGAUCGUGUCACAUUUGGAUCGAAUUAUGAAUGCCCACGGGCGGCAAUUAUCAGUCUCAUGAGUAUGAAAAGUUUGAAAGGCUUACAAUCUCAUGUGUCCAGAUUUGAGACACUAGCUAAAUUAUCAACAAAAAUUGCUUUUCCAAAUGACAGAUACGCCAGUGUUAGACCAACUAACAAGCAAGAUGAAUUCAAAACUUUGUUUUGCCGUUUGGCAAGAUAUACAUAUACAGAUCCAGAUUAUGAAUGGAACGAAGAAGAAAUGCAGAACAUAUCGAAAAGACAGUUAACUUAUUCUGAAGUUUAUCGAGAUCAUGCUCAACUGAUAAAACGCAUUCAAGACGAUCGAAAGUUAAUGAGAUGGAAUGAACCACCUAAUGAUGGUGUUGUUUUAAUGGAGUUAGAUAAAUUAUCACCAAGACUGGGAAUAGAAGAUUUUGAAGAAUUUAAACAAGCAAUUUAUAAAGGAGGCAAACUACAGCCAAUAAGUGACAGGAAAAUUACCGAAAGCACAAAAAAGGACACUAAGAAAAAGAAGAAGGCAGUAAAAGUGUUACCUCUUAAACCGGUAGCGAAAAGCACAGCCAAUGAAGAGUGCAACUGGACGUUAACAGUUAAGGAUAUUGAUGAGAUAUCUAUACAUCCAACAAAAGUCGAGUUUGAGCAUAUUUGUCCAGAUACAGAAUCAACGAAAUUUAUCACAAUUACUAAUCCAUUGAAUCAGUGUAUUUCAUUUAGACUAGACACUAAUCAAGAUGAAUUCAAACCAACCACUAUAAGAUAUUACGUAAUACAACCAAGAUCAAAACUUGAUGUACCAAUUAAAAUAAAGAUAUCAAAAUUAUGCAGUUUUCAAUGCAACUUGAAUUUCUCAGUGAAUGAUCAGUAUAAAAGUAAUUUAGUUGUAUGCGCAACAGUUGUACCGGUUGAAUUAACUCUAGCUCCAUCUUCAGUUGAACUAACAUCAGCUAAUUCGUCAUGUGGUCUUAUAAGAAUAAGUGGAAUGCGUGGAUAUGUUACACUAUUCAAUCCAUUGCAUGCUGCAGCGAAAUUCCACUGGCAGUCAGCCGGUACUCAAAAUCCAUUUACAAUACGUCCGAAAUCAGGCAUAGUGGAACCAUUUUCUUCCUUGAAUUGUGAAAUAGUUUUCUAUCCAUGCCAGAGAAAUACUUCAAUGGAAGGUAGAUUUCAGUUAAAAAUGCCAGGAGUUGAUGAGAAAGAAAUGAGCACACCUUCUACUACAACCGAAGGUUAUAAAGCAAUUGAAUUAUUAUGCACAGCAAAAUUGUUACCCAGUAAAUUAUCAUUCUCUACACGCCGAUUAACACUUGGAUCAAUAGCACACGGCUUACCAUGUACACGUCAAAUUACUGUAUUUAACUUAGGACAAAAUUCGAUUCUUUUCACUAUUAACAAAGACUUUAAAAACAUAGUCAACCUUAACGGUGGUAUGUCAUCGUAUAUGCACAGGUUGUCAGGAGCUCUACCUGCCAAAGUUGAAAUGGAAGUUAGUCCAACAGAAGGCGAAAUUCCUGUUGGUGGUGAAAUUACUUUAAAGGUCACGUGUUUACCGAUUGGUUUAGGCAAAUUCGAAUCCACCAUGAUACUUAGUACAUAUGAUGGUCAAAAUAUUGAUUUGUCCGUGUGUGGUUCAGUUCUUAAGCCACAGAUUGAACUUGUUUCAAACACAUUUGAGUUCGGCGGAGGAUAUUAA